CUCUCUCUCUCUCUCUCUCGGAAUCUUUCGACGUCAACCCUCGAAGAAAGCGCGCUUUUAUCUCCUCCUCUUCCCUCCAAUCCCCUUCCGCGAUUCCCAGCAAAAGAACCAAAGACAGAGCGACGAAAGAGAGAUGGGUAGUGGCGGCGGGAGCGGCGUCAAGGACAUCGGAUCGAAGGCGGAUCUCGACGACGCGCUCCGGGGUGAGGCGCCGGUGAUAGUCCACUUCUGGGCGUCCUGGUGCGCCGCCUCCAAGCAGAUGGACCAAGUCUUCGCCCACCUCGCCGCAGACUUCCCUCACGCGCUCUUCUUCAGGGUUGAAGCUGAAGAACAGCCAGAAAUUUCCGAGGCUUAUGCAGUCUCAGCAGUGCCAUAUUUUGUCUUCUGCAAGGAUGGUAGAACUAUCGACACACUUGAGGGUGCAGACCCAUCCAGUUUGGCUAAUAAGGUUGCAAAAGUUGUAUCUGAUAGUUUUGCAGGAUCUGCUUCACCUGCCACCAGUCUUGAAAUGGCUGAUGCUCCUACUGAAACAAUCAAAAAGCUGCCAGAAGAAAAUGGUUCUUCUCACAAUGAAAGUCCAAGCUCUGACCUCAGUGAUGCGCUGAGGAUGCGUCUGCAACAGCUUGUGAAUUCUCAUCCAGUAUUUUUGUUUAUGAAAGGCAAUCCUGAACAGCCAAAGUGUGGAUUCAGCAGGACAGUUGUUAACAUUUUGAAAGAUGAGGGGGUUGAAUUUGGAAGUUUUAAUAUACUUAUGGAUGACGAGGUACGUGAGGGAAUGAAGAAGUUUUCCAAUUGGCCAACAUUCCCUCAACUUUUCUGCAAGGGUGAACUUGUUGGUGGUUGUGACAUUGCUGUUGCAAUGCAUGAAACUGGUGAGUUAAAGGAUUUAUUCAGAGAACAUGGAGUUCCUGUCAUUUCAAAAGAAACUGAAGUUGUAGACUCAACAAAAAGUUUAUCUUCUGAUGCUACUGUACUAGAAAUGAGCGAAGAGCUUUCCGACUCCACAGGACUAGAUGCUGCAUUGUCUUCUCGUCUUCAUGUCCUCAUAAAUUCGAGCCCUGUGAUGGUAUUUAUGAAAGGUAAACCUGAUGAACCCAAGUGUGGCUUCAGCCGCAAGGUUAUUGAAAUUCUUCAGCAAGAGAAGCUAGCUUUUGACAGCUUUGAUAUCCUUUCUGAUGAUGAAGUUAGGCAGGGGCUUAAAAUUUUCUCAAAUUUUCCUAGCUAUCCACAACUGUAUAUAGGAGGUGAACUUAUUGGAGGAUCUGAUAUUGUACUAGAGAUGCAUAAAAGUGGGGAGCUGAAAAUGACCCUUGCUGAGAAAGGUAUUAUUUCGGAAGUUACUCUCGAGGACCGUCUGAAAAAUCUGAUCACUUCAUCACCAGUAAUGCUCUUCAUAAAGGGUACACCAGAUGCUCCUCGCUGUGGUUUCAGCUCUAAAGUUGUGGAUGCUCUAAAGAAAGAAGGUAUCGACUUUGGUUCCUUUGACAUUCUGUCUAAUGAAGAAGUAAGGCAAGGAUUGAAGACAUAUUCCAACUGGCCAACAUAUCCUCAGCUCUACUACAAAGGCGAGCUAAUUGGGGGUUGCGAUAUCUUGCUGGAACUGCAGAACAGUGGGGAACUGAAGUCCACACUUUCUGAGUAAAAGUUAUAUACAUCAAAUAUCCAGUGUAGUCCUACUGUUGUCUAUUUAGUUUAAGAGUUUGCUGUUCUAUAACAGAGGGAAGGCCAUGAGACAAUGCCGAGGCUGAUUUGGUGCACAUUGGUUGAUAUGGGUUCAAAUCAUGGAAAUAACCUCUCCUGGUGAAGGUUUAGGUCUAUACAUUUACUCCAUGGACCUUUUGAUCCCUAUCUGCCUUGCAGCGGUAGAAGCUUCAAAGUGGUACUUCCUUUUUAUCAGUUUGCUGUUCUAAAUUGUUACUUUCUAUUAGAAGUAAGUCUAUAUCUCCUACUAAGUUACACCAAUAAUGCUGCUUUUUUCUGGCUGGGUGAAUCCAACUUUGAGCAUUAAAAUUGUAGUACAUGGCUUAGAGCUGAUAUGUUUUUAAAGUUUCUUGUUUUAGCUUCUUUGUU